AUGGGCGGGAAGGUUCAGGAAAAGCCGAAGGACAAGCCCAAACCCAAAGAAUCCAAGAACUCUCCCAACACCAAGUUGAUGCCCUUAUCAUCUGGCAUCUUUACUCAAAAUCUAGUCCAUAUCUUGGAGAACUCCCAAGAAUACCAAGAAAUAGCCGUUAUUGCUAGUCGAGGAGAAGGUAUGGGGAAAAAACAAGAAGUAAAAGAAUUGAAUGUAAAGCUUAAACUACCCGAAAAAUUAGAGCAACAUCUCAUUUAUUUGGAAGAAGUUAGUAAGAGAAGUAAGGAUUUUAUUAUCCAAGAAGCCUUAAUUCAAUAUUUAGAAAAUGCCGAAGAUAUGGCUAAAAUCUACGAAAGAGAAAGGGAAAAAGGCGACAAAACCUAUACUACGGAUGAACUUUUGGAAGAACUAAAUCUAAAAAAGGCAAAAAUCAUUUAUAAAGUAGAAAAUAAACUAGCCAAGGAUCCUUAUAAAGGAGGGAAUAUUAAGUCUUUAAAGGGAAAAGAACGACCGGGUCAGUAUAGAUAUCGCACUGGUAAUUAUCGAAUUAUCUACAAAAUUUUCCCUGAUAAAAUUGUAAUUGAAGUAUUGGAAGUAGGACAUC